AUGCGGCGGCACCCUACGUUUUCGGUGUCGAACAGUGCCACCAGACAGGUCCGAGGAUUCACGGAGGAGCAGCUCAGCUUCGGCCGCCCUGGGGAGGGUGGGGGCAACGCUCCAAGCCCGCCCCGGCGCGCGGACCCAGAGCAGCGCUCUCGGAUUCCCGAUCUUCAGACAGCGGGUUGCCCCGGGGACCGCGGUGAGGUACAGCUUCGGGACAAAGCGAACGUCCCCUGCCCUGCAGCCCCAAGCCAGAGCACCAUGGAAGCCGCUAACCUCUUGGCGACCACCAACGGAGCCGCCCUUCUCGUAGGACCGGAGACUUGCACCAGUACCCCAACCCCGAGCGAGAUCCUCGGGACCACCCCAGGAGGCACCGACCUGCCUGGCCGGGAGCCGCCCUUCUCCGUCUUCACCGUGCUGGUGGUGACGCUUCUCAUACUGCUGAUCGCGGCCACUUUUCUGUGGAAUCUGCUGGUUCUGGUCACCAUCCUGCGUGUCCGCGCCUUUCAUCGAGUGCCGCACAACUUGGUGGCCUCGACGGCCGUAUCGGACGUACUAGUGGCAGCGCUGGUGAUGCCCCUGAGCCUAGUGAGCGAGCUGUCGGCCGGGCGACGUUGGCAGCUGGGUAGGAGCCUGUGUCAGGUGUGGAUCUCCUUCGACGUGCUGUGCUGUACCGCCAGUAUCUGGAACGUGGCGGCCAUCGCUCUGGACCGAUACUGGACCAUCACGCGUCACCUGCAAUACACGCUACGCACCCGCCGCCGUGCUUCAGCUGUCAUGAUCGCGCUCACCUGGGCACUAUCUGCGCUCAUUGCCCUCGCCCCUCUGCUCUUUGGUUGGGGCGAGGCGUACGAUGCUCAGCUCCAGCGCUGCCAGGUGAGCCAGGAACCCUCCUACGCCGUCUUCUCCACCUGCGGCGCUUUUUACCUGCCGCUUGGCGUGGUACUGUUUGUCUACUGGAAGAUCUACAAGGCGGCCAAGUUUCGCUUCGGUCGCCGCCGCCGGGCUGUGCAGCCCUUGCCCUCCACCACGCAGGUGAAGGAGGCACCUCCUGAGGCUGAGAUGGUGUUCACAGCCCGUUGCAGAGCCACUGUGACCUUCCAGACCAGUGGAGACUCCUGGCGGGAGCAGAAGGAGAAGCGAGCAGCCCUGAUGGUGGGCAUCUUGAUUGGUGUGUUCGUCCUGUGCUGGAUCCCCUUCUUCCUGGCGGAGCUCAUCAGCCCCCUUUGUGCCUGCAGCUUACCCCCCAUCUGGAAGAGCAUUUUCCUGUGGCUUGGCUACUCCAAUUCUUUUUUCAACCCCUUGAUUUACACAGCUUUUAACAAGAACUACAACAAUGCUUUUAAGAGCCUCUUUACCAAGCAGAGAUAA